CGCCCCGGCCCCGCCAUGGCCGAGGCACCGCAGCUGGUGGACAUCGACCCCGACUUCGAGCCGCUGCCGCGGCCCCGCUCCUGCACCUGGCCCCUGCCGCGGCCGGAGUUCAACCCCCCCAGCUCGGCCACCUCCAGCCCGGCGCCGUCGUGCGGCGGGCAGCCCGAGGGGGCGGCCGGGGCCGCGGCCGGGGCCGGUGCCGCCGCCUCGGGAGGGCUCAGCGCCGACUUCAUCAGCAACCUCAGCCUGCUAGAGGAGAGCGAGGACUUCGCGCCGCUGCCCCCCGCCGCCGCCCCCCCGGAGGCGGCCGCCUGCCGCUGCGGGGACUUCCCGGCGCCCGAAGCCGGCUGCCGCCUCCACCCGCCGGGGCCGCCGCCGGUGCCGCCGGUGCCACCGCCCGUGGCCGGUCUGUCGCCGGGCCCCGUGGCCGGGCAGCCCCGCAAGAGCAGCUCGUCGCGGCGCAACGCCUGGGGCAACCUGUCCUACGCGGACCUCAUCACCAAGGCCAUCGAGAGCUCCCCCGAGAAGCGGCUCACCCUCUCCCAGAUCUACGAGUGGAUGGUCAAGAGCGUUCCCUACUUCAAGGAUAAGGGCGACAGCAACAGCUCGGCCGGCUGGAAGAAUUCAAUCCGUCACAACCUGUCUCUGCACAGCAAGUUCAUCAGAGUGCAGAAUGAGGGAACAGGGAAGAGUUCCUGGUGGAUGCUCAAUCCUGAAGGAGGAAAGAGUGGCAAAUCUCCUAGGAGGCGAGCAGCAUCCAUGGAUAACAACAGCAAGUUUGCCAAAAGCAGAGGCAGAGCUGCCAAGAAAAAAGCAUCCCUUCAGUCUGGUCAAGAAGGAAGUGGUGACAGCCCUGGAUCGCAGUUCUCGAAGUGGCCUGCAAGCCCCAGCUCUCACAGUAAUGAUGACUUUGAUAACUGGAGUACAUUUCGACCUAGAACUAGCUCUAACGCUAGUACAAUUAGCGGAAGACUUUCUCCUAUUUUGCCAGAGCAAGAUGAUCUUGGAGACGGGGAUGUGCACUCCAUGGUAUACCCACCAUCAGCCACCAAAAUGACUUCUACUCUACCCAGCCUUUCAGAGAUGAGUAAUUCUGAGAACAUGGAAAAUCUUUUGGAUAACCUUAAUCUCUUGUCACCUAAUACGUCAAUGACUGUGUCAACCCAGUCUUCAUCUGCUACCCUGAUGCAGCAAACGCCAGGUUACUCAUUCGCAUCCUCGACCACAAGUAUAGGUUCACCAAAUCCAGACUACAGGAAAUUUACGUAUGCUCAAGCUAGCAUGAACUCUUUGCCCCAGAUUUCUAUGCAGACUCUUCAAGACAGUAAAUCAAGCUACGGAUCGAUGAGCCAAUAUAACUGUCCCGCAGGACUUCUGAAGGAGUUACUGACUUCUGAUUCUCCGCCGCACAAUGAUAUCUUGGCAUCAGUAGACACUGGUGUUUCCCAGGCUGGUGGCAGGGCACUGGGCCAAAGUGUGCUGAUGGUCACUAACUCGGUGAUGCCAACUUACGGCAGUCAACCGCCCCACAACAAAAUGAUGAACCCUAAUGCCCGCUCUCACCAAGGACAUAACCAGCCAACACCUGCAGUUAAUGGUCGUGCCUUGUCACACACAGUGAACACCAUGUCCCAUACUUCAGGUCUAAAUCGCUUGUCGACAGUGAAGACUUCGUUACAAGUGCCUAUGAGUCACCCAAUGCAGAUGAGUGCUAUGAACCCGUAUGCCCCUGUUAACAGUUGCAAUGGAUACGGAAGGGUGGGAAUUGUUUCCCUCCACCAGGAGAAGCUUCCCAGUGACUUAGAUGACAUGUUAAUUGAACGGUUGGACUGUGACAUGGAGUCGAUUAUCCGUAAUGACCUUAUGGAUGGAGAAACAUUAGAUUUUAACUUUGACAGUGUAUUGCCUAACCAAAGUUUUCAGCACAGCGUAAAGACAACCACACACAGUUGGGUGUCAGGCUAGGAUGUAG